AUGCACCCCCCCCCCCAAUCUGCACUUGCGAGAGGCGACCGAGAUGAUGAUGUCGAUGGAUGCUGCUGCAAGACGGAGGCUGCGUUGGCCGCUCCUUCCCUCAGCUUCUCCUCUUCUCCGUCCAAUGAAAGCCGUCGCCAGAUAGCCAAGCGCUGGACGGUGGCCGAGUGCGAUGCGGCACCCUCCCAGACAGACGCCUCUCGAAUCUCGAGCCUUGACCACUCACCAGCGAGAGUCCCGCUAGCCACCACCACCCCAAAUCUCGCCCUCCUGUCUUGUCCUUCCCUGGCCGGAUCCAUGACCCCGGUCCUUGUCCCGGUCGCCGCACCCUUGCCUGCAACUCCUGGGGGGGUGUCCACCUCCAAGGCCAUCCGUUUCCGCGUCCCGUCUACCAUGUACGGAUCACAACCAGUCAUUUCAUCCGGGUCCUGCCACUGGGCGAACUCCUCCCGCGGUUCUCUUCUCCCACGCACGGAGGGACUGCUGACUGACAACACAACUCGGGCAGACGAAAAGAACAAUCGUGCUCGUUGCCCGCCGCCCGCCGCCCGUUGCAACUCGCAACUCGCAACUCGCAACUCGUCCUCUGACGUGCCGUCGGUGUUGAAUCCUGCUUGGCGAGCGCCCAUCCUCUCGUCUCCCCUCGCUUACCACCCUUCGCGUCCAACAAGAAAGCCCACAACGUCCAAAAAAGGACCCAAGGGGCCCAAUUUCUCUCCCCCAUCCAUCACAUUGUCCGACGUGGGGCCUGAUCCCGGUCUCCCCUCGACAAGACAAGACAAGCCAACAAUGCACCUGGUGUUUUGCGGAUGCCGCGUCCCUGAUCCUCGCCCGCCCUCGCCCUCGCCCUCGCCCUCGUCCGCACCCUCUCCCUCUCCCUCUCUUCUUUCCCUCCCCUCUCACGCUCGACAACCGUGUCUCGACUGCGCCGGCCUGGACUACGAGAGAGAAGAAGAAGAAGAAGAAGAAGAAGAAGCAAAAGAGAAAAGGGAACGAGUUGUCUCUGUUCUGUUACGAGACGUUUGCCCACGUUCGUCCGCCAAGCCGCGAGGAGCCAUCCGUCAAGACACGGGCACAAAAGAGCCCCUCCCUGCUACCGCCCGUCUGCCCAUUCAUCUUCGGCAUCCAGCAUCCUCCUCACCUCCAGCUUUCUUGACUAGUCUCGCUCGAUCUUUGUUCCUCCGCAGAGACUCCCAAUGGACGUGGUCUGACCUGCAUCCCACCAUCCGACGCCGUUUCUCCGUCGUCGUCCAACCAGAACCAGGCCAUCCGAACCAGCCAUUCCUCGCCUUCCUACGCGCCGAUCGUAACGAGCGCAUCCGGAGCGAAAGUCUCUACUCCCUCCCCCCGUCUCUCACGCUUCACUCGGCCAAGGGCUGA